AUGGAGGCUGCAUGUCCGGUGAGCAUAAGCCAGUUAGUGAGUGCGUUGGCACCGGAAUUGGCUGGUGUAGCAUCCAUGCGGUAUCUUAACAGGGACCUUACAGAAGAAGAGAUAGUUGAAGCAUGUCAGUCAAGUUGCAAAAACUUGGUUGUCUUCGUUGGUGAGCCUGACACAGCUGAGGCACAAUUACGGCCUGUCCAUUUCAACGUUCAGGAAUUUUUCGAGAUGAAUGGACUUCCUGAAUGGUGUGGUUGUUUAGCAGACCUGCUGCCUUUCUCGCUGCUAGUACAUGUACAUACAUAUGUAAUGUACAUUGCACUGGCCGUCCGAAAUAUAGUUAUCAGCUACAGCAGUUUAAGUGUUACUAUAGUUGUUAGGAUACAGGAUCUGGUUGUCCAAUAG